GGUGGGGUGGCCCGAUCGCCCAGCCCGCCCACUCGCCCACCUGCCGGAGACCAAGGAUGGAGGCAUGGCGGGGUCUCUUCUGUCUCACCUUCCUCUGCUUUCUGCUGCACGUCCGAGGUGAGAAUGGUGACUUUGAUUUGGUGGAUGCUCUCAACAACACAGAGCCCACCAAGAAGCCAGCCUCAGGGGAGAAUGGUGACUUUGAUUUGGCGGACGCUCUCAACAACACGGAGCCCACCAAGAAGCCAACCUCAGGUGAGAAUGGUGACUUUGAUUUGGUGGAUGCUCUCAACAACACGGAGCCCACCAAGAAGCCAGCCUCACGGGAGAAUGGUGACUUUGAUUUGGCGGACGCUCUCAACAACACGGAGCCCACCAAGAAGCCAGCCUCAGGUAUCUACACCAACCUGAGGCCCUCGAACCCCCCACCGCCUGGAAAUCCCUACAACGGUGAAAGAGGCGGUGGUGGAGGAGGCUACCGACCGGGUCACGACAGCUACGGACAAGGAGGGCGCAACAGACCAGGCUUUCCUGGCACUAAUGAUGGUGGAGGUGGCUUAUCCACACAUCACAACCAGCAAGAUGGAGGCAGUUUAUCUGUACAGCGCAACCCAAAAGGUGGAGGCAGCUUAUCCACACAGUGCAAAACACAAGGUGCAGCUGUUGGCCUCGGACAGAAAAACCCGCGAGGUGCAGCCGUCGGCCUCGGACAGAAAAACCCGCGAGGUGCAGCCGUCGGCCACGGACAGAACCCGCGAGGUGCAGCCACCGGCCUUGGACAGAACCUGCGAGGUGCAGCCGUCGGCCUCGGACAGAAAAACCUGCGAGGUGCAGCCGUCGGCCUCGGACAGAAAAACCCGCGACGUGCAGCCACCGGCCUUGGACAGAACCUGCGAGGUGCAGCCGUCGGCCUCGGACAGAAAAACCCGCGAGGUGCAGCCGUCGGCCUCGGACAGAAAAACCCACGAGGUGCAGCCGUCGGCCUCGGACAGAAAAACCCGCGAGGUGCAGCCGUCGGCCUCGGACAGAAAAACCCGCGAGGUCCAGGCGUCCGGCGGACACAUCAAUAAGCCAGUUCAACAGACGCUUCUGGAGAAAUAAAGACGUUUGGCAGCCAAGUAAUUCGCAGCGGGAUUGCAAGCUUGCCUGCUGAGCCUCUCCAGAGAUGGGCUGGAGGAGCUGAGAUGACCCACCAGAACUCGCCCUGGCUUGUCCGUGCCUUCGCUCAAGUUUGAUUCCUCAUUUUAAUGCUGGGAUGCCGUACUCCCCACUCCCCGUCUCCACCACGUCCCUCUCCGCCAUGCUGGGCCAUUGAAACUGACUUGUGGUGAGUUUUCCAUCCACGGGGAGGAAAUCACACUUACUUUCUCCACGACCCUGAGGGGGUUUACACGUGAGUGCAGGAAACGUCCGACCGACCGACCAAUCGCCAAAUCCCAACCAAGUGGCCAAGUCCCAACCAAGUCGCCAAGUUCUCAGCCGUCAUCUUUCGAACGCCACCAAGGUUCCCCGAGCGAAAACUCUGGACCGUUUACAAACUGCUUGUAAAUGGAAUGCUUCUGAAACCUCUCCUGACCGUUGGCUCUUUAACGGAGUGGGCGUUAAGCCUCAAGCGAGUUUUCUCAAAGGUUCUUUCAUUUCUCAUGAAUUUUUUUUCCACACCAGAUUAAUAAAAAGAAACUUAGAAAUCAAGUCCUAUUUAUGUUAGUGUCUUGCUGGGAGGUGCCUUUUAAAGAAGGCUCUUGGAAACUUCGUGAAACUAGUGACAUGGAUUACCAGAUCCCUUUUGUGUAAGACAGACAUCACCCUAAGCACUAGCUCUUCAUUUCUGGCAUUUGCUUUUAUCUGUUCCUUCCCUUCUUGCUCACAUUGGUGGUGGUGCUUUCCUUCUUAAGUCUUGGCAGACUGUUUGCAACCCCGGAGACUUUAGCUCGCCCGGCUCCUCUGUAUAUGGGGUUUCGCAGGCAAGGAUACCAGAGUGUGUUUCCAUUUCCUUCUCUAGUUGAUGACAUUGUAGAGGAAAUAUUUGUUAGCAGCCCUUCUCCCCUGCAUCAGAUUCUUUCCUGCAUCUUCCACGUAGGUAAAUGCCAGGAAUUGGUUUUUUGUGAUCUUUAUGACACAUUUAUCAGCUUCCAUGGGAGAGCUUGGUUUAACUUGGGGGCCACACUGUUUUGUGAGAGACAGUCUCCUAUAUUUUCUAACAUCUUAGAGUGUGGACUGAGUGCUUGCUCUUUUCUUGGCUAUCAGCGUUGACUUCUCUGCCUUUGAAAGCAAUUCUUCCACUCAUAACAAUGCACACGCCGCGCGACGUCCAAAAUGCAUGCUUUUAUGUGUUGAGUUGGCCAAAACGUUCGUUAGGUUUUAAGUAAAAAUAAAAUACAUGUUGUUUUCAGCCACAGCUGUACUGAGCAACGUGUUCAUUGAACGAACCUUUUGGACAAUGCCAUACGAGGGCUUUGCUUGGCUUUUUGUUUAUUUCAGAAAGCAUGGAAGCCUUGAUAAUGCAGAUGGGCUGGACCCCACCCAUAGACUUCCCUCUCCUGAAAUAAGAGUUUGUUUCCCUAAUUUUCUCAUAGCACACGCCUGCUUGCAUAACGCUCUGAGGGUAGUUUUCCAGAGAAUCAGCAGUUACCCGAGUGAAGACUUAAUCUCAUUACUGAUGAUGGUUGAAGAACCAUUGUGUGCUUCACAGCACUCACUGUGGAUGCAGAGGGAUGUUGUCAGCACACCUGUGUGGCCUGCCCUCACAAACCGCCCGGCCUGGGAAGGGGCGGCCAUCAGGGUGUUGCCUAGUCACUCCGUUGUGUCCCGCCUCUUUGCGACCCCACGGACUGUGGCCCCAACAGGCUCCUCAGUCCAUGAGAUUCUCCAGGCAAGAAUCCUGGAGUGGGUUGUCAUUUCCUCCUCCAUCAAAAAGUUCCUUUGGGUUUUUCUGAAACAUCUCAUGAAAAGCUCAGAAUCGAUUUUUUUGGCCAACCCCAUCUCGGUCAUGAAUUCUGGGUCUUUCCUGCCCGGAAUCUCAGACACUCUUGUCAGUUGUUUUGUGGGGCGGUUUGCAACUGAGCCAUCCCCCUGCUAUUGAAGGGUCAACCCCCCUCUCUCCACGAACCCUCCUCCCAUCAUUGUUGAAAAGCAUUGGGAGUUUCCUUCUCAAGGUAUUCCUGGAGACCACAUCUGUCUAUUGAACUUGCUCUGUCUUUGACACUAUGAUAGUUUUUGCAUAUAUGACAUGAUUUUUAAAAAUGAAGAUUGAGUAUUUAUCAUAUCCAUUCAUUGCUUCAUAUGACAAAUGCCUGUGGCCCGGGUGUGUGCAGGGGUGGAUGUGACAUCUGGAUUCUACAGGACAGAACACAAAUGUCUUCAGUCAAUGGAAGGGGUCGACCAGUUGUCAAGCACUGAGGGCUGGAUUAAUCAAUAUGCUCACGUCCUCUUGCUAACUAGCUCAGGUCACCCAGUUACAAAGCUAGCAGAGAGUGUCCACAUUCACCCCCGAUGAGUCCUCAGAGUCUGUGCUGUGACUUGCUUUAUAAAAAGAAAAAAAAUGUGUAAAGUCUUUGAAACUCUGUGAAUAAUGUCGACAUUUUUAUAAGCAUUGCAAUCAUGCCAUAAGCAUAAAUGUCUCUUUAAACAACAGAAUAGUGAGGGGGUUAAGUAGAGGAAAUUGUGACUCACUCCUGAAUCUAUACAUGUGAGAAAGAAGUCAACUGGGCUUUUAUUAUGGACAGUGUAUUUACAUGGUUGUAGACUCAGCUCAGUUUCUUGUUGACAUUAAAAUGAAUAGGACUUUAUCAAAGGUGGGCCUUUUGAAAAAUUGAGUUUCAGUUGGGUGGUUUGAUGAGUAAAUGCUUGGCAUGAUGAUUGCUUUUACAAAUCAUUUUGGAACUCCUGUAUAAGGAAAUCACACUCCAACAGGUUUUGAAAUCAACGUCAAGUUUUUAUUUAAGUGAGACUAUACCAGCAGAGGAUUUGUUACAAGUCUUGGUCAUAAUGGAUUUGAUCAACCCAUGUAAACUGUGGUCAAGUUUUUGCUGUGAGAUGCUGCAGUGAAUAGCGUUGGAAGCAUGGUUUUGUGGCUCCAUGCAAGUGCAAUGUAUGUGUUGCAUCAAUGCCUGAAGCUGGCUUUGUGAGGGGGAAAGAAAAAGCAUGUGUAUAUUCAAUUUUUAUGGACAUUGCCCAAACACCCCCUAUAGAGGUUGUGCAAAUUCACGAUACACCCCAAUGAUGUUAGAUUUGUCUGCUCACUGCUGAGCAAACUUUCCAAUUGGUGCCAGUCUCUGAGUUGAAGAAGAUAUCCCAUCAACUGUGUUUACGUAACAUUUGUCUUAACGCAAGUGAGGUUGAGAAUCUGUGUGUGGGAGACCCGUUGCCAUUCUGGUUUUGAAGGAAAUGAAUAUGCUGUUUGCCUGUAUGUGUUACUGGUCCUUUUCUUAUUGAUUUGUAGGAACUCUUCACAUAUUAAAGAUAUGACUUGACAUAA